AGUGCUUGCCCGCACGCAUGUCAGGCUUGCGCCCCGGCAUGGAGCAGCACAGCAGUCGGGUCUGCCCUGACCCGGGCCCGCCGCCCGCGGAGUCGGCCCCCGCCUCGGUGACCCUGGCGCAGCUCCUGCAGCUGGUCCAGGAGGGCCGGGAGCUCCCGGGCCUGGAGAGGCGCUGCAUCACGGCGACCCACGGCGAACCCACGGCGCCCCGGCUCCCGCGGAGGCCCAAGCCCUGGGAGGCCUCGGGGUCGGCUGAGGCCCCCGCGCCGCCGCAGUAGCCCCAGGCACCCAGAUCCUGUCGACCUUGUGUCCGGGUAGAAGAACGCCUGGAGGGGCCCGGCUCGGCGGAAUCAACGACUGCGCCUUCCUGACGGCACGUAGUGGGUUCCUGAGGCUCCUAGUCCUUUGCCUUUUAGACCUGGAGAGCGUGACUCUGUCCUGCAUAAAUUCGGACCUUGGAUGCUGGCCACGGUUAUCUUUUAUGCAUUCGCCCCCGACCUGUCUCAGCUGAACUUAAGCCUCCUGGGAGAGUCAUUGGAGUUGUCUUGUAUCCGAGUAUUUCUGGACUAAGAUCCUCAUUUUAAAAAUCCGGUUUCGGCCCUUACAGAUGAUUGAAACAGAUUUCAUACUUUUUACUCUCUGCGAUGCAUAGAUGUGCCUUCAUUUUUAAAAUGCUACUGAGGACACACUAACGGGGGUCUGACCCACUGAGAAUUUCGUUAGUAAUGUAGGAAAACGUCAGUGUUUAUCUCCCGGUUCAGCUAAUUCUUGUGAGUUGGGCAAAUGAACUUGGGAUUCAAGAUUCUUAGCCAUUCUCCAGGUCAGCUAAUAAAAGGUUUAAUGAUUAAA